AUGGAUGGGAGUCUGAGGGACAGUACCGAGCAAAGAAACAUUGAUAAGUGUUUGAGAGAGGCUGCUGAGCAAGGAAACAUUGAUGCCUUAUAUGUAUUGAUAGAGAAGGAUGCACAUGUUUUGGAUAGGGUCGAUAAGAUUCCAUUUGUUGACACUCCUUUGCACAUAGCUGUAUCUGCGGGGCACAUCCAUUUCGUCAGGGAGAUCAUGGGCUUAAAGCCCUCAAAACAAGCCAUAUUGGUUGACCGACUACUUGAUUUUGAUAAGGACUUUGUCCGUGUCCGAGGAAGGGAGGGUGUGACUCCUUUGCAUUACGUAAUUCAAAAAGGAGACCUCUAUUUUUUGAAGAAAUUUUUAGAAGCCUGCCCCGAGUCUCUUGAAGAUGUGACAAUUCGAGGAGAGAAUGCCUUGCAUAUAGCCUUAAAAUAUGACAUGAUCGAUGUUUUUCGGUACCUGGUACAAUGGCUUGGGCGGGCUUGUUUUAAAGAUGCCAAAUUGUUGCAGGGGAAACUGCUUGAUGGGCGGGAUGAUGACGGCAACACUCUUUUGCACGUUGCAGUAUCCAGAAAUCAACCCGAGAGUUCUGAUGAGAUCAUGUCCACUACGGCUUUAAAACGUGUUAAUGUCAAAAAGGGUGUGAGUAGUGUCAUGGUUAUUGGAUCAGUAGUUCAUAUAAAGAAUCCUGAGGAUCAUACGGUGCUUGGCAUCUUGGAACUCCAAAGCCAACAAACACAGGUGGACAACCAUUGGUGGCAGAUCGAGGAUCUUCACUCAUAG